CACACUUCCCCCACUGUACUUGCACAGCUUCUUGUCACCUGGCCAGAUUGCCCCUUUCAGCUUACAGAUCCCUGGUCCCAACAGACGAUACGGAACCCACAAACUAAGAAAAGAAGGAAAUUGACGUUUCAUUUAGAGCGAUUCGAGUGAAAACAUGGCUUCUGGUUUAUUUUACUGUGUUUUGCCAUGACCGCUUUGCUAACUGUCCUCAUUCUUCACAGCAGAAUGGAUGUGAGGAAAGGAAAUUGGCUGACGCAGGAGCCAGAGUGACAGCAGCGGACUCGCAUGCCCAGCCUACACCAUGAAUCUGUGUCUACCUUCUGCGUGUUAACAACCAAGGGCAGGUGAAGGUGCUGGAGAGCAAUGGCUUUCUUUACUCCGUGGAAGUUGUCCUCUCAGAAGCUGGGCUUUUUCCUGGUAACUUUUGGCUUCAUAUGGGGUAUGAUGCUCCUGCAUUUUACCAUCCAGCAGCGAACUCAGCCUGAAAGCAGCUCCAUGCUGCGUGAGCAGAUCCUGGACCUCAGCAAAAGGUACAUCAAGGCACUGGCAGAAGAAAACAGGAAUGUGGUGGACGGGCCAUACGCUGGUGUCAUGACAGCUUACGACCUGAAGAAAACUCUUGCUGUCCUGUUGGAUAAUAUUUUGCAGCGCAUUGGCAAGUUGGAGUCAAAGGUGGACAAUCUUGUUAUCAACGGCACAGGAACAAACUCUACCAACUCCACCACAGCUGUUCCUAGCUUGGUAGCACUUGAGAAAAUUAAUGUGGCAGAUAUCAUUAAUGGAGCUCAAGAAAAAUGUGUAUUGCCUCCUAUGGAUGGCUACCCCCACUGCGAGGGGAAAAUCAAGUGGAUGAAAGACAUGUGGCGCUCGGAUCCCUGCUACGCAGACUAUGGAGUGGAUGGGUCCACCUGCUCUUUUUUUAUUUACCUCAGUGAGGUUGAAAAUUGGUGUCCUCAUUUACCUUGGAGAGCAAAAAAUCCCUAUGAAGAAGCUGAUCAUAACUCACUGGCGGACAUUCGUACAGAUUUUAAUAUUCUCUACAGUAUGAUGAAAAAGCAUGAAGAAUUCCGGUGGAUGAGACUGCGGAUCCGGAGGAUGGCUGACGCAUGGAUCCAGGCAAUCAAGUCCCUGGCAGAAAAGCAGAAUCUUGAAAAGAGAAAGCGGAAGAAAGUCCUGGUUCACCUGGGACUCCUGACCAAGGAAUCUGGAUUUAAGAUUGCAGAGACAGCUUUCAGUGGUGGCCCUCUUGGCGAAUUAGUUCAGUGGAGUGAUUUAAUUACAUCUCUGUACUUACUGGGCCAUGACAUUAGGAUUUCAGCUUCACUGGCUGAGCUCAAGGAGAUAAUGAAGAAGGUUGUGGGAAACCGAUCUGGCUGCCCAACAGUAGGAGACAGAAUCGUCGAGCUCAUUUAUAUUGAUAUUGUUGGACUUGCUCAAUUCAAGAAAACCCUUGGACCAUCCUGGGUUCAUUACCAGUGCAUGCUUCGAGUCCUCGACUCCUUUGGUACUGAGCCAGAGUUUAACCAUGCUAAUUAUGCCCAGUCUAAAGGCCACAAGACCCCCUGGGGAAAAUGGAAUCUGAACCCUCAGCAGUUUUAUACCAUGUUUCCUCAUACCCCAGACAACAGCUUUCUGGGGUUCGUGGUUGAGCAGCACCUGAACUCCAGUGACAUUCACCACAUUAACGAGAUCAAAAGACAGAACCAGUCUCUGGUGUAUGGCAAAGUGGAUAGCUUCUGGAAGAAUAAGAAGGUCUACUUGGACAUGAUUCACACGUACAUGGAAGUACAUGGAACUGUUUACGGCUCCAGCACAAAGAAUAUUCCCAGUUACGUGAAAAACCAUGGUAUCCUCAGUGGACGGGAUCUACAGUUUCUUCUCCGAGAAACCAAGUUGUUCGUGGGACUCGGGUUCCCUUACGAAGGCCCAGCUCCCCUGGAGGCCAUUGCAAAUGGAUGUGCUUUUCUGAAUCCCAAGUUUAACCCACCUAAAAGCAGCAAAAACACAGACUUCUUCAUUGGCAAGCCAACUCUGAGAGAGCUGACAUCCCAGCAUCCUUAUGCUGAAGUUUUCAUUGGCCAGCCCCACGUUUGGACUGUAGACCUCAACAACCAGAAAGAAGUAGAGGAUGCAGUGAAAGCAAUUUUAAAUCAGAAGAUUGAGCCAUAUAUGCCGUAUGAAUUCACAUGUGAGGGGAUGCUGCAGAGAAUCAAUGCUUUCAUCGAAAAACAGGACUUCUGCCAUGGGCAAGUGAUGUGGCCGCCCCUCAGUGCCCUGCAGGUAAAGCUUGCCGAGCCGGGACAGUCCUGCAAGCAAGUGUGCCAGGAGAACCAGCUCAUCUGUGAGCCUUCUUUCUUCCAGCACCUCAACAAGGACAAGGACAUGGCCAAGUAUGCGGUGACCUGCCAAACCUCAGAGCUGGCCAAGGACAUCCUGGUGCCCUCCUUCGACCCCAAGGACAAGCACUGUGUGUUUCAAGGUGACCUCCUGCUCUUCAGCUGCGCAGGCGCCCACCCUAGGCACCAGCGGAUCUGCCCUUGCCGGGACUUCAUCAAGGGCCAGGUGGCACUCUGUAAAGACUGUCUAUAGCGGCCACCUGCUUGGCCCCACACUCGUUCUGCUGGGGAAGACAGUGGCUCCAGCCCCUUUGGGCAGGGCCAGGGGGCAAAGGUAAUUCAGGGACUCAGGCCUGAGCCUGAAUUAUGUGGUCGAAGGUUUCGAUUUGGUAUCGCUCCCACUGCGGUCAGAGCAUCCCAGCGGAGUUUUCACCAAAACAAGACGAGCAGAUGUCAGGCCGGGAGCCUGGCACGUCGUUUCUAUUUUUUGAGGAGCAACUGUGGGGAGACUCUGUCGGUUCAGCUGCUCCAGGGUAAAAAGAGAGUCUCGAGAUUCACUUAAAACAGAACAAGAGGAGAAAUGGAGCUGGUCGGAAAGAACUCUGAAUGGGAACAUUCCUAAAUCCACUAACUUAUUUAUUUGGGGGGGGGGGGGGGGGGGGGAGGG